GGACUGUGUUGUACCCGGUUAGCUUGAGUUAGCUAGCUUUAAAAAAAACAGAGAUGUCACCGGGCGACAACCCUCACGUUCUACUGGGACGGAUUCGGUUUCUGAACAAGUGCAUAGAAAGUUUCAGGAAGAGCGAACCUGUGCCCGAGUGCCUAUGUUUCGUCCCAAAAGAGGUCUGUUAUAAAAUCUGCAAAGAUUCGUCGUCGAAUUCAACCGCCUCGUCCAGUACGUCCGUCGCCAACUCAUCCGUCGGUAAGACCCUCGUUUCAGUGUGGGAGAGCCCCCAUCAAGCUCUCCAAAGCAAGAAGCUAUGCAAGUGCAACAUCGAACCGAAGAAAGGGACAUGUAUUCGGACAACAGGGGAAGAGUAUUGCAACAGCCACGGCCUUUGGGUCAAAAUCAACAAGGUAAGAAAGAGUUGAAUGAUUCAUUGCUUUACACACUUCCUGGUUCGUGAAGUCAUGGCUCCAUUCUUGUCGCAGGACCGAUCGCCUUUACUCAGUACACAUUUACAUCAUUUAGCGGACACUCUUAUCAAGGCAGUUGUCCUUUUAACUCUCGUGUGUGUCUGCUUGUGUGUCUUUAUGUGUGUGUUAUAGGAUCAGUUGGAAGAGCACCGUGUGGGUCAGGAGUGUGAGGAGGGUUGGGUCCUGGUCUGUAAACACACAGAGGGAGGAGACCGACUGGUACCAGUAGAAUCACCUGAGACACUCGGCAGACACCAGCAGCUCUUCGGAUAUGACCACAAACCCUGCGACAGGUAGGUGUGUGUGUGUGUGUGUGUGUGUGUGUGUAACAGAGGUGGUGAGUAGUGGUGAGUAACUUUGCUCGAGACCUGAAGACUAGUAAUGGUGCCGCCCGAACUAAGGUAUAAGCUUUAGCUCAGCGGUUUUAAUAUGGUCUGCUCUCUGUCAGGUGGGAACAGGUGGUGGAUGUAGAGAGUUCUCUUCACAUCGGCUCCAAACCCAAGGUCGCAGAGUGUGACGAAGCGGCCGUCCAGAAGCUCAGGUGAGUGCGUUUGGAAGCGAAGCUAGCCAACGGUCUAGCUCAGGUCCAUCGGUGAUGGGUGAUAACAGGCUCUGAUGACCUACAGACAUGCUGUGCAGUUUGGACACUUUCUGUAAAAACUCCCAUGAAGUUGAUAAUGACAUUAAGGUAGUCUGGUCUAACCAACACUACUACUGUUCGCUUCUCUGUUUUGCCAGAUAUGUCCCUCCCACCUGGACGUUUGAAUGUGAUGAGGAUCUGGUGCACUACUUCUACGACCACAUAGGAAAGGAAGAUGAGAACCUGGGAAGUGUCAAACAGUGUGUUACCAGCAUCGACGUGUCCUCCUGCUCAGUGAGUAGUGUGUGUUUCUGGCUGUGUGUCACCAGCAUCGACGUGUCCUCCUGCUCAGUGAGUAGUGUGUGUUUCUGGCUGUGUGUUACCAGCAUCGACGUGUCCUCCUGCUCAGUGAGUAGUGUGUGUUUCUGGCUGUGUGUUACCAGCAUCGACGUGUCCUCCUGCUCAGUGAGUAGUGUGUGUUUCUGGCUGUGUGUCACCAGCAUCGACGUGUCCUCCUGCUCAGUGAGUAGUGUGUGUUUCUGGCUGUGUGUCACCAGCAUCAACGUGUCCUCCUGCUCAGUGAGUAGUGUGUGUUUCUGGCUGUGUGUCACCAGCAUCGACGUGUCCUCCUGCUCAGUGAGUAGUGUGUGUUUCUGGCUGUGUGUCACCAGCAUCGACGUGUCCUCCUGCUCAGUGAGUAGUGUGUGUUUCUGGCUGUGUGUCACCAGCAUCGACGUGUCCUCCUGCUCAGUGAGUAGUGUGUGUUUCUGGCUGUGUGUUACCAGCAUCGACGUGUCCUCCUGCUCAGUGAGUAGUGUGUCACCAGCAUCGACGUGUCCUCCUGCUCAGUGAGUAGUGUGUGUUUCUGGCUGUGUGUCACCAGCAUCGACGUGUCCUCCUGCUCAGUGAGUAGUGUGUGUUUCUGGCUGUGUGUCACCAGCAUCGACGUGUCCUCCUGCUCAGUGAGUAGUGUGUGUUUCUGGCUGUGUGUCACCAGCAUCGACGUGUCCUCCUGCUCAGUGAGUAGUGUGUGUUUCUGGCUGUGUGUCACCAGCAUCGACGUGUCCUCCUGCUCAGUGAGUAGUGUGUGUUUCUGGCUGUGUGUCACCAGCAUCGACGUGUCCUCCUGCUCAGUGAGUAGUGUGUGUUUCUGGCUGUGUGUCACCAGCAUCGACGUGUCCUCCUGCUCAGUGAGUAGUGUGUGUUUCUGGCUGUGUGUCACCAGCAUCGACGUGUCCUCCUGCUCAGUGAGUAGUGUGUCACCAGCAUCGACGUGUCCUCCUGCUCAGUGAGUAGUGUGUGUUUCUGGCUGUGUGUCACCAGCAUCGACGUGUCCUCCUGCUCAGUGAGUAGUGUGUGUUUCUGGCUGUGUGUCACCAGCAUCGACGUGUCCUCCUGCUCAGUGAGUAGUGUGUGUUUCUGGCUGUGUGUCACCAGCAUCGACGUGUCCUCCUGCUCAGUGAGUAGUGUGUGUUUCUGGCUGUGUAUGUAUGUAUGUAUGUAUUGAGUGUGUGUGUCUUAACUGUGUGUGUGUGUCAGUAUUAAUUUUGUCAUCAACCUUUUUUCCUGACUAAAACUAGAACGGUAACGAGACGAGAUGCCCUGGAAUAAAACGAUAACUAUUCAAAUUACUUUUCAUUUUAGUCGACGGAAAUGUGAGGAGAUGAGAAUUCCAUGCGAGACUAAUGGACUUUUUUUAUUUUAUUUAUUUAUUUAUGUACCUCCUGAGUGGCGCAGUGGUCUAAGGCACUGCAUCGCAGUGCUAGCUGUGCCACUAGAGAUCCUGGUUCGAAUCCAGGCUCUGUCGUAGCCGGCCGCGACCGGGAGACUCAUGGGGCGGCGCACAAUUGGCCCAGCAUCGUCCAGGGUAGGGGAGGGAAUGGCUGGCAGGGAUGUAGCUCAGUUGGUAGAGCAUGGCGUUUGCAACGCCAGGGUUGUGGGUUCGAUUCCCACGGGGGGCCAGUAUGAAAAAUGUAAUUUAAAAUAAUGUAUGCACUCACUAACUGUAAGUCGCUCUGGAUAGGAGCGUCUGCUAAAUGACUAAAAUUUAAAAAUUUAAAUUUAAUUUGACAUGAAGCUCCUUCAUCCUUCAUCAGAAUAUUUCAUGCAAUCCUCUCAUUGCCAGAAUUAACAUCUUUCAGCUGUGCGAUCUGAUUGGCUGAUCUGCCCAGCUCCUCCCACACUGCUCCCAGGCGGUCUGAUUGAGCUGAUCUGCCCAGCUUCUCCCACACUGCUCCCAGGCGAUCUGAUUGGCUGAUCUGCCCAGCUUCUCCCACACUGCUCCCAGGCGAUCUGAUUGGCUGAUCUGCCCAGCUUCUCCCACACUGCUCCCAGGCGAUCUGAUUGGCUGAUCUGCCUGGCUUCUCCCACACUGCUCCCAGGCGGUCUGAUUGGCUGAUCUGCCCAGCUUCUCCCACACUGCUCCCAGGCGGUCUGAUUGGCUGAUCUGCCCAGCUUCUCCCACACUGCUCCCAGGCGGUCUGAUUGGCUGAUCUGCCUGGCUUCUCCCACACUGCUCCCAGGCGGUCUGAUUGGCUGAUCUGCCCAGCUUCUCCCACACUGCUCCCAGGCGGUCUCUUCAGUCAAUCUUUUGAACUGAUGUGAAGCCAGGACACUGGACUUGUAACUAACCUCAACCUUUACUCUCUCUCUCUCUUACUUCCAUGUAGGCUAUUGUUGCUUUGAUCACAUCAGAAGCUCUAUUUUCCCAUGUGCGCUGUUAUUCAUUAAUCUGUGUUGCCACGGUCACACCACGGUCCGCAAAUGCGAGUUGCAGUUAAUUUUUUUCCUAUGGGAAAAACUAAUGGUAUUUGUUGAAUAUUAGGAGUACAGUAAUACCUAUAGGAGUACAGUAAUACUACAGUAUAGUGCAGUAAUACUACAGUAUAGUACAGUAAUACUACAUUAUAGUACAGUAAUACUACAGUAUAGUACAGUAAUACCUAUAGGAGUACAGUAAUACUACAGUAGAGUACAGUAAUACUACAGUAAUACCUAUAGGAGUACAGUAAUACUACAGUAGAGUACAGUAAUACUACAGUAGAGUACAGUAAUACCUAUAGGAGUACAGUAAUACUACAUUAGAGUACAGUAAUACUACAGUAUAGUACAGUAAUACUACAGUAUAGUACAGUAAUACCUAUAGGAGUACAGUAAUACUACAGUAGAGUACAGUAAUACUACAGUAGAGUACAGUAAUACUACAGUAAUACCUAUAGGAGUACAGUAAUACUACAGUAGAGUACAGUAAUACUACAGUAGAGUACAGUAAUACUACAGUAGAGUACAGUAAUACUACAGUAUAGUACAGUAAUACUACAGUAUAGUACAGUAAUGCCUAUAGGAGUACAGUAAUACUACAGUAUAGUACAGUAAUGCCUAUAGGAGUACAGUAAUACUACAGUAUAGUACAGUAACACUACAGUAUAUUACAGUAAUACUACAGUAUAGUACAGUAAUGCCUAUAGGAGUACAGUAAUACUACAGUAUAGUACAGUAAUACUACAGUAGAGUACAGUAAUACUGACAUUGUUGGAAAGUCACAUUCUCCCCUUUUCAAGGAAACCAGUUAUUUGCCCUUUAGUCAUUUAUGCACUGACUAAAAUGGCUGACUAAAAUGGCUGACUAAAAUGGCUGACUAAAACUAGACAAAAAUUGUCCAGAGUUUUAGUCGACUGAUAACUAAGGAUGAAAUGACUAAAAUGGGAACAAGACUAAAAGGUAUUUUGAAACUAAAAUAGGUGACAAAAUUAACACGUGUGUGUGUGUGUGUAUUUUGACUGUGUGUGUCUUGACUGUGUGUGUAUUUUGACUGUGUGUGUAUUUUGACUGUGUGUAUUUCAGGAGGACCCUAGUGGUGGGGCAGGUUGUCUGACAGAUGGAGACACAGACACAUACUGGGAGAGUGAUGGGAUGCAGGGACAACACUGGAUCAGACUGCACAUGAAGAGAGGCACCGUAGUCAAGUAAGGCUUACUGUCAUACAGUCCUGUCACUGCCAUGGCCAACCUGCGAUUUAUGUAGAUGGAGAAUAGUGUGGGGCUUAGUAUGGAACCUGGGGGUACUCCCUUGGUGACAGAUGGAGAAUAGAGUGGGGCUUAGUAUGGAACCUGGGGGUACUCCCUUGGUGACAGAUGGAGAAUAGAGUGGGGCUUAGUAUGGAACCUGGGGGUACUCCUUUGGUGACAGAUGGAAAAUAGAGUGGGGCUUAGUAUGGAACCUGGGGGUACUCCCUUGGUGACAGGUGGAGAAUAGUGUGGGGCUUAGUAUGGAACCUGGGGGUACUCCCUUGGUGACAGGUGGAGAAUAGUGUGGGGCUUAGUAUGGAACCUGGGGGUACUCCCUUGGUGACAGGUGGAGAAUAGAGUGGGGCUUAGUAUGGAACCUGGGGGUACUCCCUUGGUGACAGAUGGAAAAUAGAGUGGGGCUUAGUAUGGAACCUGGGGGUACUCCCUUGGUGACAGGUGGAGAAUAGAGUGGGGCUUAGUAUGGAACCUGGGGGUACUCCCUUGGUGACAGAUGGAGAAUAGUGUGGGGCUUAGUAUGGAACCUGGGGGUACUCCCUUGGUGACAGAUGGAGAAUAGUGUGGGGCUUAGUAUGGAACCUGGGGGUACUCCCUUGGUGACAGAUGGAAAAUAGAGUGGGGCUUAGUAUGGAACCUGGGGGUACUCCCUUGGUGACAGAUGGAAAAUAGAGUGGGGCUUAGUAUGGAACCUGGGGGUACUCCCUUGGUGACAGUACAUCAUCAGAUGACCACUAGCCCACCAAAACCAUGACUUUGGUCAGCCGGUGGCUUUAAUACUUGAAGUCUUAGGAAGACAUGCGAAUAAACGUUAAUUUUUAUUGUUUUUUGUCUUGUCCGUCAGUAAGCUGAUCUUGACGGUGGACUCAACCGAUGACAACUACAUGCCUAAGAGAGUGACGGUGUUCGGAGGAGAAGGAGACAAUCUGAAGAAGCUCAGUGACGUCACCAUAGACGAGUAGGUUACUCCAAAGAACACCAGGGCAGUCUUCAGCAGAGCGAACAGGGCAGUAUUCAGCAGAGCGAACAGGGCAGUAUUCAGCAGAGCGAACAGGGCAGUAUUCAGCAGAGCGAACAGGGCAGUAUUCAGCAGAGCGAACAGGGCAGUAUUCGGCAGAGCUAACAGGGCAGUAUUCGGCAGAGCGAACAGGGCAGUAUUCGGCAGAGCGAACAGGGCAGUAUUCGGCAGAGCGAACAGGGCAGUAUUCAGCAGAGCGAACAGGGCAGUAUUCGGCAGAGCGAACAGGGCAGUAUUCGGCAGAGCGAACAGGGCAGUAUUCGGCAGAGCGAACAGGGCAGUAUUCGGCAGAGCGAACAGGGCAGUAUUCGGCAGAGCGAACAGGGCAGUAUUCGGCAGAGCGAACAGGGCAGUAUUCGGCAGAGCGAACAGGGCAGUAUUCAGCAGAGCGAACAGGGCAGUAUUCAGCAGAGCGAACAGGGCAGUAUUCAGCAGAGCGAACAGGGCAGUAUUCAGCAGAGCGAACAGGGCAGUAUUCGGCAGAGCGAACAGGGCAGUAUUCGGCAGAGCUAACAGGGCAGUAUUCGGCAGAGCUAACAGGGCAGUAUUCAGCAGAGCUAACAGAAACGGAGGAGGAGCUACAUAAACCUGUAACGUUGUUUAUUUCUCUCUCCCUCAGUAAUCUGAUUGGUGAGGUGUGUGUGCUGGAAGACAUGACGGCCCACCUGCCAGUCAUAGAGGUCCGCAUCGAGGAGUGCAGGGGUGAGAAUGGUGGCUACACAUUGAAUAAUUAAUAUACACACAACUGUACUAAUCAUUUCCGGGCCUGUAUUGGCAAUGCAUCUCAGUAGGAGUGCUGGUGUAGGAUCCGUUUAAUGAAUAACAUAUGGACAGGGGAGGAGACCUGCUCUUAAAACAGUGCUCUUACUUUGAGAUGCUUUAUGAACACAGGGCUCUGAUCAUGACUGACAUCAAAUUCUGUCCAGCUGGUAAACUAGAAGAAUCUUAGAUUUACCCUGUGAUCUCAUCUGGGAGUGGCUCAGUGUCUUUGUUGGCACACUGUAGAUAUCAGCUUGGACUUUGGAAAUAGAGAACUGUGCCUUGAAUUAAAUACUGUAUCAAUCCCAGCCUUAUUCACUCGUGUAGUCCCCUGUAGCUCAGUUGGUAGAGCAUGGCGCUUGCAACGCCAGGGUUGUGGGUUCGUUUCCCACGGGGGGGGGCGCAGUAUGAAAAUGUAUGCACUCACUAACUGUAAGUCGCUCUGGAUAAGAGCGUCUGCUAAAUGACUAUAAUGUAAAAUGUCAGGACCUCAAUGUCCCUUCAUUAAAACAUAAAAAUAAUAAUCCUAAUUGAAAAUGAUUUGAAAUGGACUCAACCCCUUCCUAACCUGUCUCUGGCUUUUCUCCCCCCGUCUCUCAGACGAGGGGAUAGACGUUCGGAUCAGAGGGCUGAAGAUCAAGUCAUCAUGUGAGAGAGACCUGGGGCUCAACGCUGACGUGUUUCAGUCUCCUAACCUGGUGCGCUAUCCUCGACUGGAGGGUACCCUGCCUGAUGUCCUCUACCGCAGAGCCCUGGUUAUACAGAGGUAAGACCCUAACCUACCUGGAGGGUACCCUGGUUAUACAGAGGUAAGACCCUAACCUACCUGGAGGGUACCCUGGUUAUACAGAGGUAAGACCCUAACCUACCUGGAGGGUACCCUGGUUAUACAGAGGUAAGAUCCUACCCUACCAGGAGGGACCCUGGUUAUACAGAGGUAAGACCCUAACCUACCUGGAGGCUACCCUGGUUAUACAGAGGUAAGACCCUAACCUACCAGGAGGGUACCCUGGUUAUACAGAGGUAAGACCCUAACCUACCUGGAGGGUACCCUGGUUAUACAGAGGUAAGACCUUACCUACCUGGAGGGUACCCUGGUUAUACAGAGGUAAGACCUUACCCUACCAGGAGGGUACCCUGGUUAUACAGAGGUAAGACCCUAACCUAACCUACCAGGAGGGUACCCUGGUUAUACAGAGGUAAGACCCUAACCUACCUGGAGGCUACCCUGGUUAUACAGAGGUAAGACCCUAACCUACCUGGAGGGUACCCUGGUUAUACAGAGGUAAGACCCUAACCUACCUGGAGGGUACCCUGGUUAUACAGAGGUAAGACCCUAACCUACCUGGAGGCUACCCUGGUUAUACAGAGGUAAGACCCUAACCUACCUGGAGGGUACCCUGGUUAUACAGAGGUAAGACCCUAACCUACCUGGAGGGUACCCUGGUUAUCCAGAGGUAAGACCCUAACCUACCAGGAGGGUACCCUGGUUAUACACAGGUAAGACCCUAACCUACCUGGAGGGUACCCUGGUUAUACAGAGGUAAGACCCUACCCUACCAGGAGGGACCCUGGUUAUACAGAGGUAAGACCCUAACCUACCUGGAGGCUACCCUGGUUAUACAGAGGUAAGACCCUACCCUACCAGGAGGGUACCCUGGUUAUACAGAGGUAAGACCCUAACCUACCUGGAGGGUACCCUGGUUAUACAGAGGUAAGACCCUAACCUACCAGGAGGGUACCCUGGUUAUACAGAGGUAAGACCCUAACCUACCAGGAGGGUACCCUGGUUAUACAGAGGUAAGACCCUAACCUACCUGGAGGGUACCCUGGUUAUACAGAGGUAAGACCCUAACCUACCUGGAGGGUACCCUGGUUAUACAGAGGUAAGACCCUAACCUACCUGGAGGCUACCCUGGUUAUACAGAGGUAAGACCCUGGAGCUUGUAGUGAUCAUCAUGAAAAGCUCCUGACCAUACUCCUAUACUACCAAGAUGAAUGCUGGUCAAUGGAUGUCUGGAUGUGGGGCUCUAGCCCUGUCUGGCCAAUGGAUGUCUGGAUGUGGUGCUCUAACCCUGUCUGGCCAAUGGAUGUCUGGGUGUGGGGCUCUAGCCCUGUCUGGCCAAUGGAUGUCUGGAUGUGGGGCUCUAGCCCUGUCUGGAUGUGGGGCUCUAGCCCUGUCUGGAUGUGGUGCUCUAGCCCUGUCUGGAUGUGGGGCUCUAGCCCUGUCUGGAUGUGGGGCUCUAGCCCUGUCUGGAUGUGGGGCUCUAGCCCUGUCUGGAUGUGGGGCUCUAGCCCUGUCUGGAUGUGGGGCUCUAACCCUGUCUGGCCAAUGGAUGUCUGGAUGUGGUGCUCUAGCCCUGUCUGGCCAAUGGAUGUCUGGAUGUGGGGCUCUAGCCCUGUCUGGAUGUGGUGCUCUAGCCCUGUCUGGAUGUGGGGCUCUAGCCCUGUCUGGCCAAUGGAUGUCUGGAUGUGGUGCUCUAGCCCUGUCUGGCCAAUGGAUGUCUGGAUGUGGGGCUCUAGCCCUGUCUGGAUGUGGUGCUCUAGCCCUGUCUGGCCAAUGGAUGUCUGGAUGUGGUGCUCUAGCCCUGUCUGGAUGUGGGGCUCUAGCCCUGUCUGGAUGUGGUGCUCUAGCCCUGUCUGGAUGUGGUGCUCUAGCCCUGUCUGGAUGUGGGGCUCUAACCCUGUCUGGCCAAUGGAUGUCUGGAUGUGGGGCUCUAGCCCUGUCUGGCCAAUGGAUGUCUGGAUGUGGUGCUCUAACCCUGUCUGGCCAAUGGAUGUCUGGAUGUGGGGCUCUAGCCCUGUCUGGAUGUGGGGCUCUAACCCUGUCUGGAUGUGGGGCUCUAACCCUGUCUGGCCAAUGGAUGUCUGGAUGUGGUGCUCUAGCCCUGUCUGGAUGUGGGGCUCUAGCCCUGUCUGGAUGUGGGGCUCUAGCCCUGUCUGGAUGUGGUGCUCUAGCCCUGUCUGGAUGUGGUGCUCUAGCCCUGUCUGGAUGUGGGGCUCUAGCCCUGUCUGGAUGUGGGGCUCUAGCCCUGUCUGGAUGUGGGGCUCUAGCCCUGUCUGGAUGUGGGGCUCUAGCCCUGUCUGGCCAAUGGAUGUCUGGAUGUGGUGCUCUAGCCCUGUCUGGAUGUGGUGCUCUAGCCCUGUCUGGAUGUGGGGCUCUAGCCCUGUCUGGAUGUGGUGCUCUAGCCCUGUCUGGAUGUGGUGCUCUAGCCCUGUCUGGCCAAUGGAUGUCUGGAUGUGGGGCUCCAGCCCUGUCUGGCCAAUGGAUGUCUGGAUGUGGUGCUCUAGCCCUGUCUGGAUGUGGGGCUCUAGCCCUGUCUGGAUGUGGUGCUCUAGCCCUGUCUGGAUGUGGGGCUCUAGCCCUGUCUGGAUGUGGGGCUCUAACCCUGUCUGGAUGUGAGGCUCUAACCCUGUCUGGCCAAUGGAUGUCUGGAUGUGGGGCUCUAGCCCUGUCUGGCCAAUGGAUGUCUGGAUGUGGGGCUCUAACCCUGUCUGGCCAAUGGAUGUCUGGAUGUGGGGCUCUAACCCUGUCUGGAUGUGGGGCUCUAACCCUGUCUGGAUGUGGGGAUCUAGCCCUGUCUGGAUGUGGGGCUCUAGCCCUGUCUGGAUGUGGGGCUCUAACCCUGUCUGGCCAAUGGAUGUCUGGAUGUGGUGCUCUAACCCUGUCUGGAUGUGGGGCUCUAGCCCUGUCUGGAUGUGGGGCUCUAGCCCUGUCUGGAUGUGGGGCUCUAGCCCUGUCUGGAUGUGGUGCUCUAGCCCUGUCUGGAUGUGGGGCUCUAACCCUGUCUGGCCAAUGGAUGUCUGGAUGUGGUGCUCUAGCCCUGUCUGGAUGUGGGGCUCUAACCCUGUCUGGCCAAUGGAUGUCUGGAUGUGGGGCUCUAGCCCUGUCUGGCCAAUGGAUGUCUGGAUGUGGGGCUCUAUCCCUGUCUGGCCAAUGGAUGUCUGGAUGUGGGGCUCUAGCCCUGUCUGGCCAAUGGAUGUCUGGAUGUGGGGCUCUAGCCCUGUCUGGAUGUGGGGCUCUAGCCCUGUCUGGAUGUGGUGCUCUAGCCCUGUCUGGAUGUGGUGCUCUAGCCCUGUCUGGAUGUGGGGCUCUAGCCCUGUCUGGAUGUGGGGCUCUAGCCCUGUCUGGAUGUGGUGCUCUAGCCCUGUCUGGAUGUGGGGCUCUAGCCCUGUCUGGCCAAUGGAUGUCUGGAUGUGGUGUUCUAACCCUGUCUGGAUGUGGGGCUCUAGCCCUGUCUGGAUGUGGGGCUCUAGCCCUGUCUGGAUGUGGGGCUCUAGCCCUGUCUGGAUGUGGUGCUCUAGCCCUGUCUGGAUGUGGUGCUCUAACCCUGUCUGGCCAAUGGAUGUCUGGAUGUGGGGCUCUAGCCCUGUCUGGCCAAUGGAUGUCUGGAUGUGGGGCUCUAGCCCUGUCUGGCCAAUGGAUGUCUGGAUGUGGGGCUCUAGCCCUGUCUGGAUGUGGGGCUCUAGCCCUGUCUGGAUGUGGGGCUCUAGCCCUGUCUGGAUGUGGGGCUCUAGCCCUGUCUGGAUGUGGUGCUCUAACCCUGUCUGGAUGUGGGGCUCUAGCCCUGUCUGGAUGUGGGGCUCUAACCCUGUCUGGCCAAUGGAUGUCUGGAUGUGGUGCUCUAGCCCUGUCUGGAUGUGGGGCUCUAGCCCUGUCUGGAUGUGGGGCUCUAACCCUGUCUGGCCAAUGGAUGUCUGGAUGUGGGGCUCUAGCCCUGUCUGGCCAAUGGAUGUCUGGGUGUGGGGCUCUAGCCCUGUCUGGCCAAUGGAUGUCUGGAUGUGGGGCUCUAGCCCUGUCUGGAUGUGGGGCUCUAGCCCUGUCUGGAUGUGGGGCUCUAGCCCUGUCUGGCCAAUGGAUGUCUGGGUGUGGGGCUCUAGCCCUGUCUGGAUGUGGUGCUCUAGCCCUGUCUGGAUGUGGGGCUCUAGCCCUGUCUGGAUGUGGGGCUCUAGCCCUGUCUGGCCAAUGGAUGUCUGGAUGUGGGGCUCUAGCCCUGUCUGGAUGUGGGGCUCUAGCCCUGUCUGGAUGUGGGGCUCUAGCCCUGUCUGGAUGUGGGGCUCUAGCCCUGUCUGGAUGUGGUGCUCUAGCCCUGUCUGGAUGUGGGGCUCUAGCCCUGUCUGGCCAAUGGAUGUCUGGAUGUGGGGCUCUAGCCCUGUCUGGAUGUGGUGCUCUAGCCCUGUCUGGAUGUGGUGCUCUAGCCCUGUCUGGAUGUGGGGCUCUAGCCCUGUCUGGAUGUGGGGCUCUAGCCCUGUCUGGAUGUGGGGCUCUAGCCCUGUCUGGAUGUGGGGCUCUAGCCCUGUCUGGAUGUGGGGCUCUAGCCCUGUCUGGAUGUGGGGCUCUAGCCCUGUCUGGAUGUGGGGCUCUAGCCCUGUCUGGAUGUGGGGCUCUAGCCCUGUCUGGAUGUGGGGCUCUAACCCUGUCUGGCCAAUGGAUGUCUGGAUGUGGGGCUCUAGCCCUGUCUGGCCAAUGGAUGUCUGGGUGUGGGGCUCUAGCCCUGUCUGGCCAAUGGAUGUCUGGGUGUGGGGCUCUAGCCCUGUCUGGAUGUGGUGCUCUAGCCCUGUCUGGAUGUGGGGCUCUAGCCCUGUCUGGAUGUGGGGCUCUAGCCCUGUCUGGCCAAUGGAUGUCUGGAUGUGGGGCUCUAGCCCUGUCUGGAUGUGGGGCUCUAGCCCUGUCUGGAUGUGGGGCUCUAGCCCUGUCUGGAUGUGGGGCUCUAGCCCUGUCUGGAUGUGGGGCUCUAGCCCUGUCUGGAUGUGGUGCUCUAGCCCUGUCUGGCCAAUGGAUGUCUGGAUGUGGGGCUCUAGCCCUGUCUGGCCAAUGGAUGUCUGGAUGUGGGGCUCUAGCCCUGUCUGGAUGUGGGGCUCUAGCCCUGUCUGGAUGUGGGGCUCUAGCCCUGUCUGGAUGUGGGGCUCUAGCCCUGUCUGGAUGUGGGGCUCUAACCCUGUCUGGCCAAUGGAUGUCUGGAUGUGGUGCUCUAGCCCUGUCUGGAUGUGGGGCUCUAGCCCUGUCUGGAUGUGGUGCUCUAGCCCUGUCUGGAUGUGGUGCUCUAGCCCUGUCUGGAUGUGGGGCUCUAGCCCUGUCUGGAUGUGGUGCUCUAGCCCUGUCUGGAUGUGGGGCUCUAACCCUGUCUGGAUGUGGGGCUCUAGCCCUGUCUGGAUGUGGGGCUCUAGCCCUGUCUGGAUGUGGGGCUCUAGCCCUGUCUGGAUGUGGGGCUCCAGCCCUGUCUGGAUGUGGGGCUCUAGCCCUGUCUGGAUGUGGGGCUCUAACCCUGUCUGGCCAAUGGAUGUCUGGAUGUGGGGCUCUAGCCCUGUCUGGAUGUGGUGCUCUAGCCCUGUCUGGAUGUGGGGCUCUAGCCCUGUCUGGAUGUGGUGCUCUAGCCCUGUCUGGAUGUGGGGCUCUAACCCUGUCUGGAUGUGGGGCUCUAGCCCUGUCUGGAUGUGGGGCUCUAACCCUGUCUGGAUGUGGGGCUCUAGCCCUGUCUGGCCAAUGGAUGUCUGGAUGUGGGGCUCUAACCCUGUCUGGGCAGUUGGUGUUGUGACUCAGCUUGUGUGUGUCCUCAGGUUCAUCUCUCUGCUGGACAGUCUCCUGCCCCACCUGGUUCCAGCCUGGGACUACAGCCUGGCCACCUUCAACCACAUCAAGGUACGUCUAGUGCUGGGCUGGAACAAAAGCCUGCUCACCCUGCACUAGCUCUCCAGGACCAGGGUUGGAGACCACUGGUCGACAGGGACUUCCCCACGAAUGUCAUGUCUGUAAUCUGCUGGUGUCCUCCCUUUUUAAUUUCAUCAUCUUUAAAGGGAUUCUGCGAGAUUUCGUUUAUUUACUUACCCAAGAGUCAGAUGAACUCAUGGAGACCAUUUUGAAUAGAGAUCAUAGUGUUGUAUCUGUCCCAUUUACGCACAGGCAUCGCCAUGAGACGGCUACAACGUUGCGAUCUCUUCGACAACUGGGACAGAAUGAGGAUGUGGAUAGAAUCUGGUUUCUUAUGAUUAUCAGUGAAAUUAACAAAUGUAUAAAAUGUUGAUUACUAUGUAUAGCAUUUUAAGACUAUAAAUGGCCAACCACCCAGUUUAGGAGUAGUUAGAUAGUUUAUUCCCCUGCCUUUGAGAGGAGCUGGCUACUGUACCGGGAGACUUCCAGCCAUUGCGCUAAGCUAACGACACGCUAACUUCAAUCAUCCCCAAACUGCACGCAGAGACAUACAGAUAGUAUCCAUGAGUUCGUCUGUCUCUGGGUAAGUAGAUAAACGACCGAAAUCUCGCAGCAUCCCUUUUUUUUUUUUUUUUAAGCGCAUUAUUACAUUUAAGUACAUUGACCUUUUUGUGCUGUAGAGUAUCAAGCCGUUCCUGCUGCUGUCGAAGCGUCGCUCGGCCCUGAUCACACAGUGUCUGAAGGACUCGGAGACCAGCAAGCCCAACUUCAUGCCCCGGCUCUAUAUCAACCGCAGACUGGCCAUGGAGCACAGAGACAACCCGUCACUGGAUCCUACUGCUAAGAACGCUGUCUUCACACAGGUAGUGGGGGGGAUGAGUGUGUUGGGGAGAUGAGUGUGUUGGGGAGAUGAGUGUGUUGGGGAGAUGAGUGUGUGGGGGAGAUGAGUGUGUGGGGGAGAUGAGUGUGUGGGGGAGAUGUGUGGUUUGGGGAGAUGAGUGUGUUGGGGAGAUGAGUGGGUUGGGGAGAUGAGGUGUUGGGGGAGAUGAGGUGUGGGGGAGAUGAGUGUGUGGGGGAGAUGAGUGUGUGGGGGAGAUGUGUGUCUUUGGGGGAGAUGGUGUAUUGGGGAGAUGAGUUGUUGGGGAGAUGGUGGUGGGGGAGAUGUGUGUGUUGGGGAGAUGAGUGUGUGGGGGAGAUGAGUGUGUGGGGGAGAUGAGUGUGUUGGGGGGAGAUGAGUGUGUUGGGGGAGAUGAGUGUGUUGGGGAGAUGAGUGUGUUGGGGAGAUGAGUGUGUUGGGGGAUGAUGGGGAGAUGAGUGUGUGGGGAGAUGAGUGUGUUGGGGAGAUGAGGUGUGUUGGGGAGAUGAGUGUGUUGGGGAGAUGAGUGUGUUGGGGAGAUGAGUGUGUUGGGGAGAUGAGUGUGUGGGGAGAUGAGUGUGUUGGGGAGAUGAGUGUGUUGGGGAGAUGAGGUGGUUGGGGAGAUGAGUGUGUUGGGGAGAUGGUGUGGGUGUGUGGGGGAGAUGUGUGUGUUGGGGAGAUGAGUGUGUUGGGGAGAUGGUGUGUUGGGGAGUGGGGUGGUUGGGGAGAUUGUGUGUGUGGGGAGAUGAGUGUGUUGGGGGAGAUGGUGUGUGUGGGGGAGAUGUGUGUGUGGGGAGAUGAGUGUGUGGGGAGAUGAGUGUGUGGGGGAGAUGAGUGUGUGGGGGAGAUGUGUGUGUGUGGGGGAGAUGUGUGUGUUGGGGAGAUGAGUGUGUUGGGGAGAUGAGUGUGUUGGGGAGAUGAGUGUGUGGGGGAGAUGAGUGUGGUGGGGGAGAUGAGUGUGUGGGGGGAGAUGUGUGUAUUGGGGGAGAUGAGUGUGUUGGGGAGAUGAGUGUGUUGGGGAGAUGAGUGGUGUUGGGGAGAUGAGUGUGUUGGGGAGAUGAGUGUGUUGGGGAGAUGUGUGUGUUGGGGAGAUGAGUGUGUUGGGGAGAUGAGUGUGUGGGGAGAUGAGUGUGUUGGGGAGAUGAGUGUGUGGGGGAGAUGUGUGUGUUGGGGAGAUGAGUGUGUGGUGUGUGUUGGGGGAUGACGUGUGGUGGGGAGAUGAGUGUGUGGGGAGAUGAGUGUGUUGGGGAGAUGAGUGGGUUGGGGGAGAUGUGUGUUGGGGAGAUGGUGUGUGUGGUGUUGGGAGAUGGUGGUGUUGGGGAGAUGAGUGGGUUGGGAGAUGAGUGUGUGUGUGGGGUGAGUGUGUGGGGGUGGGGAGAUGAGUGUGUGGGGGAGAUGAGUGUGUGGGGGAGAUGAGUGUGUGGGGAGAUGUGGUGUGGGGGAGAUGAGUGUGUGGGGGAGAUGUGUGGUGUGGGGGAGAUGAGUGUGUGGGGAGAUGUGUGUGUGGGGGAGAGUGAGUGUGUGGGGAGAUGUGUUGGGUGAGUGUGGGGGAGAUGAGUGUGUGUUGGGGAGAUGUGUGUGUGGGGGAGAUGAGGUGUGUGGGUGUGUUGGGGGAGAUGAGUGUGUUGGGGAAGUGAGUGUGUUGGGGAGAUGAGUGUGUGGGGAGAUGAGUGUGGUUGGGGAGAUGAGUGUGGUGGGGAGAUGAGUGUGUGGGGGGAGGUGAGAUGUGUGUGUGGGGAGAUGGUGUGUUGGGGAGAUGAGUGUGUGGGGGGAGAUGUGUGUGUGGGGAGAUGAGUGUGUGGGGGAGAUGAGUGUGUGUGGGAGAUGUGUGUGGGGGAGAUGAGUGUGGGGGUGUGUGUUGGGGGGAUGUGUGUGUUGGGGAGAUGAGUGUGUUGGGGAGAUGAGUGUGUUGGGGAGAUGAGUGUGUGUUGGGGAGAUGAGUGUGGGGGGGAGAUGAGUGUGUGGGGAGAGAUGAGUGUGUGGGGUUGGAGAGAGUGGUGUUGGGGAGAUGGUGUUGUGGGGUUGGGGGAGAUGAGUGUGUGGGGGAGAUGAGUGUGUGGGGGAGAUGAGUGUGUGGGGGGAGAUGAGUGGUGUGGGGGGAGAUGAGUGUGUUGGGGGGAGAUGGGUGUGUGGGGGGGGAGAUGGUGUGUGUGUUGGGGAGAUGAGUGUGUGGGGGGGAGAUGGUGUGUGUUGGGGAGAUGAGUGUGGGUUGGGGAGAUGGUGUGGUGUUGGGGAGAUGGAGUGUGUUGGGGGAUGAGUGGUGUGUGGGGAGAGGUGUGGGUGUUGGGGAGAUGGUGGGGUGUGGUGGGGGAGAUGUGUGUGUGUGGGGGAGAUGAGUGUGUGUGUGGGGGGAGGUGGUGGUUGGGGGGAGUGUGGUGUGGGGGGAGAUGUGGUGGUGGGGGAGAGUGUGUGUGUGUGUGUUGGGGGAUGAGGGUGGUUGUGGGGAGAUGAGUGGUGUGGGGGGGGAGAUGGUGUGUGGUGUGUGUGUUGGGGAGAUGUGUGUGUGGGUGGUGUGGUGGGGUGUGGUGUGUGUGGUGUGGGGAUGUGUGUGUGGUGGGGGUGUUGGGGGAGAUGGUGGGGUGUGUGUGUGUGGUGGGGAGAUGAGUGUGUGUGUGUGGUUGGGGGUGGUGUGGUGGUGUGGGGAGAUGAGUGUGGUGUGGGUGUGGUGGGGUGGUGUGUGUGUGUGUGUGGGGGUGAGUGUGUGUGGGUGUGGGUUGGGGGGGAUGAGUGUGGGUGGUGUGUGGGUGGGGGAGAUGGUGUGUGUUGGUGGGGGGAUGAGGGGGUGUUGGGGAGAUGGUGGGGGUGGUGUGUGGGGAGAUGGGUGGGUGCUAGGGGGGGGUGGAGGGGUGGAGAGGUGGGGGGGGGGGGGGGGGGGGGGGGGGGGGGGUGGGGGGGGGGGGGUGGGGGGGGGGGGGGGGGGGGGGGGGGGGGGUGGGGGGGAGGAGGGGGGGGGGGGGGGGGAGGGGGGGGGGGGAGAGGGGGGGGUGGGGGGGGGGGGGGGAGAGGGGGGGGGGGGUGGGGGGGGGUGGGUGGGGGGUGGGUGGUGGGGGGGGUGUGGGGUGGGGUUGGAGUGUGGGGGGGGUGGUGGUGUGGUGUGGGGGUGUGGUGGGUGGGGGUGGGUGGGGGGGGAGAUGAGUGUUGUGUUGGGUUUGGUGGGGGUGAGAUGUGUUUGUGGUUGGGGGGUGUUUUGUGUGUGGUUUGUAUGGGGUGGGUGGGGUGUUGUUGUGUUUGGGGAAUAGUGUAUAGAUUGGUGGUUAACCCAGAGUCGGUGACCGAAAUUUGAGUUUUGCUAAGGACUGUUUUCUCUCGCUUUUUGCCCAUUCCCGCAUUCUAGAAUGAUUUCUCUUUUUAUAAUAAGCCUUACCUAACAGACUUCCAAGUUGUCAGGAAAAUAAACCAGCAAUGAAUAUGAUGUUGUUGUUGAUCAGAUGGCCAGCGCGCUAUGACCAGUGGUGGGAGUGUAAAUUCAUAGCGGAGGGCAUCAUUGACCAAGGCGGUGGCUUUAGAGACAGUCUGGCAGACAUGUCUGAAGAGCUGUGUCCCAGUUCAGCUGAAUGUCUUCUGCCCUUACCCUUCUUCACCAGGACAUCUAACCAGGUAACUAACCCUAACCUCUACCUCCUUUACAACUAACCAGGUAACUAACCCUAACCUCUGCCUUCUUUACAACUAACCAGGUAACUAACCCUAACCUCUACCUCCUUUACAACUAACCAGGUAACUAACCCUAACCUCUACCUCCUUUACAACUAACCAGGUAAUGAAUCCUACUACUGUUCUCUCCAGCCCAGACCCAUUUUUACCCAUGUGGGUUCAAUACUGAAAUAUGAGGAUUCAUUGUUUUCGUACUUUGCUAAAUGUUUGUUAUUUGGAAGAAGUGGUGUCAACUGAAACCAGGGGAAGUCUAGUAGUGAAACCAGGGGAAGGUUAGUUACAACCAGGGGAAGGUUAGUUACAACCAGGGGAAGGUUAGUUACAACCAGGGGAAGGCUAGUAUUACAACCAGGGGAAGGCUAGUAUUACAACCAGGGGAAGGCUAGUUACAACCAGGGGAAUGUUAGUAGUGAAACCAGGGGAAGGUUAGUAGUACAACCAGGGGAAGGCUAGUAGUACAACCAGGGGAAGGCUAGUAGUACAACCAGGGGAAGGUUAGUUACAACCAGGGGAAGGCUAGUAGUACAACCAGGGGAAGGUUAGUAGUACAACCAGGGGAAGGCUAGUAGUACAACCAGGGGAAGUUUAGUUACAACCAGGGGAAGGCUAGUAUUACAACCAGGGGAAGGUUAGUAGUACAACCAGGGGAAGGCUAGUAGUGAAACCAGGGGAAGGUUAGUAGUACAACCAGGGGAAGGCUAGUAGUGAAACCAGGGGAAGGUUAGUUACAACCAGGGGAAGGCUAGUAGUGAAACCAGGGGAAGGUUAGUAGUACAACCAGGGGAAGGCUAGUAGUGAAACCAGGGGAAGGUUAGUAGUACAACCAGGGGAAGGCUAGUAGUACAACCAGGGGAAGGUUAGUUACAACCAGGGGAAGGCUAGUAGUGAAACCAGGGGAAGGUUAGUUACAACCAGGGGAAGGCUAGUAGUGAAACCAGGGGAAGGUUAGUUACAACCAGGGGAAGGUUGGUUACAACCAGGGGAAGGCUAGUAGUACAACCAGGGGAAGGUUAGUAGUGAAACCAGGGGAAGUUUAGUUACAACCAGGGGAAGGCUAGUAGUGAAACCAGGGGAAGGCUAGUAGUACAACCAGGGGAAGGCUAGUAGUGAAACCAGGGGAAUGCUAGUAAUACAACCAGGGGAAUGUUAGUAGUGAAACCAGGGGAAGGCUAGUAUUACAACCAGGGGAAGGUUAGUAGUACAACCAGGGGAAGGCUAGUAGUACAACCAGGGGAAGAUUAGUUACAACCAGGGGAAGGCUAAUAUUACAACAAGGGGAAGGUUAGUUACAACCAGGGGAAGGCUAGUAGUGAAACCAGGGGAAGGCUAGUAGUGAAACCAGGGGAAGGCUAGUAGUGAAACCAGGGGAAGGCUAGUAGUACAACCAGGGGAAGGCUAGUAGUGAAACCAGGGGAAGGCUAGUAGUACAACCAGGGGAAGGCUAGUAGUACAACCAGGGGAAGGUUAGUAGUACAACCAGGGGAAGGUUAGUAGUGAAACCAGGGGAAGGCUAGUAGUGAAACCAGGGGAAGGCUAGUAGUGAAACCAGGGGAAGGCUAGUAGUGAAACCAGGGGAAGGCUAGUAGUGAAACCAGGGGAAGGCUAGUAGUGAAACCAGGGGAAGGCUAGUAGUACAACCAGGGGAAGGUUAGUAGUGAAACCAGGGGAAGGUUAGUAGUGAAACCAGGGGAAGGCUAGUAUUACAACCAGGGGAAGGUUAGUAGGACCACCAGGGGAAGGUUAGUAGUACAACCAGGGGAAGGUUAGUAGUACAACCAGGGGAAGGUUAGUAGUACAACCAGGGGAAGGCUAGUAGUGAAACCAGGGGAAGGCUAGUAGUGAAACCAUGGGAAGGCUAGUAUUACAACCAGGGGAAGGCUAGUAGUGAAACCAUGGGAAGGCUAGUAGUGAAACCAGGGGAAGGCUAGUAGUGAAACCAGGGGAAGGCUAGUAUUACAACCAGGGGAAGGCUAGUAGUGAAACCAGGGGAAGGCUAGUAGUGAAACCAGGGGAAGGCUAGUAGUGAAACCAGGGGAAGGCUAGUAGUACAACCAGGGGAAGGUUAGUAGUGAAACCAGGGGAAGGUUAGUAGUGAAACCAGGGGAAGGCUAGUAUUACAACCAGGGGAAGGUUAGUAGUACAACCAGGGGAAGGUUAGUAGUACAACCAGGGGAAGGUUAGUAGUACAACCAGGGGAAGGUUAGUAGUACAACCAGGGGAAGGCUAGUAGUGAAACCAGGGGAAGGCUAGUAUUACAACCAGGGGAAGGUUAGUAGUACAACCAGGGGAAGGUUAGUAGUGAAACCAGGGGAAGGCUAGUAGUGAAACCAGGGGAAGGCUAGUAGUGAAACCAGGGGAAGGCUAGUAGUGAAACCAGGGGAAGGCUAGUAGUGAAACCAGGGGAAGGCUAGUAGUGAAACCAGGGGAAGGCUAGUAGUGAAACCAGGGGAAGGCUAGUAGUGAAACCAGGGGAAGGUUAGUAGUACAACCAGGGGAAGGCUAGUAUUACAACCAGGGGAAGGCUAGUAGUGAAACCAGGGGAAGGCUAGUAGUGAAACCAGGGGAAGGCUAGUAGUGAAACCAGGGGAAGGCUAGUAGUGAAACCAGGGGAAGGCUAGUAGUGAAACCAGGGGAAGGCUAGUAGUGAAACCAGGGGAAGGCUAGUAUUACAACCAGGGGAAGGCUAGUAGGACCACCAGGGGAAGGUUAGUAGUACAACCAGGGGAAGGCUAGUAGUGAAACCAGGGGAAGGCUAGUAUUACAACCAGGGGAAGGUUAGUUACAACCAGGGGAAGGCUAGUAUUACAACCAGGGGAAGGCUAGUAUUACAACCAGGGGAAGGUUAGUAGUACAACCAGGGGAAGGUUAGUAGUACAACCAGGGGAAGGCUAGUUACAACCAGGGGAAGGCUAGUAGUGAAACCAGGGGAAGGCUAGUAGUGAAACCAGGGGAAGGCUAGUAUUACAACCAGGGGAAGGCUAGUAUUACAACCAGGGGAAGGCUAGUAUUACAACCAGGGGAAGGCUAGUAUUACAACCAGGGGAAGGCUAAUAGUGAAACCAGGGGAAGGUUAGUAGUACAACCAGGGGAAGGUUAGUAGUACAUGAUCUUCAGUUAGUUUUCUGCUCCCAGGGAACCGGUGAGGCCAGAGACCACUAUGUUCCCAACCCGUCCUGCAGAGAGUUCCACAAGUUUGAGUGGAUCGGACAGCUGAUGGGAGCCGCUCUCCGAGGAAAGGACUUCCUGGUGCUGGCUCUGCCUGGUCUGGUGUGGAAACAGUUAACAGGGGAGGCAGUGAGCUGGAGCAAAGACUUCCCUGCUGUUGACUCUGUCCUGGUGAGCACUGCCCUGCCCUGUUGUCACGUCUACAACUUUCACAACAUCAUAACUGACUUGAGGGUAAAUCAUACAUUGAGGUGAAAGAUAAAACUGUGAAAAUGGCAGAACUCAAGUUAGGAUUCAGUCCACAAACCUUUUCAGCCUGAAGCUUGUAUCUGUUCUAUAGGCGAUACAAUCACUAGUUGCAAUAUUCUGACAAUGCAUUGGAUAAUGUGAUUCCCGACGUCUGUUUUUAAAAUGUUAGUUAGUUUGCUCACUGCUUCUGUCCUAUGUUACUCUCCUCUGUGUCUCUAUAGGUGAAGCUGCUGGAGGCGAUGGAGGUAAUGGACCAGGAGACAUUUGACUUUAAGUUCGGAGAGGAGCUGGUGUACACCACCUUGCUGAGUGACGGCAGACUGGUAGAGCUGCUACCAGGGGGCAGCAACCAGGUGGUACGGUACCGUGACCGCAGGGAGUUCAUUCACCUGGUACAGAAGGCACGUCUGGAGGAGAGCAGACACCAGGUGGGACGGGGGGGGCUGAUGAGAGUGUUGACCUGCCCUCAUGCAGGUCUGGGUUGGCUUGUGUGGAGGGAGAUGGUGUCUCACCAUAAAGUGUGUGUUUUGUGUUCCAGAUCUGUGCCAUGCAGGCGGGGCUGGUGAAGGUCGUCCCCCAGGCAGUGUUGGAUCUGCUGACCUGGCAGGAAGUGGAGAAGAGAGUUUGCGGAGACCCAGAGAUCACCGUGGAGGCACUCAAACGACUCAGUGAGUAAUCAAGACGGACCUUGAAUGUGGUUGAAGAGGGCCAGGCUGUAGUCCCCUCGCCACAUUAGGUGGAUAUUAACCCAUAGUGUUGUCUCUCACCACAUUAGGUGGAUAUUAACCCAUAGUGUUGUCUCUCACCACAUUAGGUGGAUAUUAACCCAUAGUGUUGUCUCUCACCACAUUAGGUGGAUAUUAAACCAUAGUGUUGUCUCUCACCACAUUAGGUGGAUAUUAACCCAUAGUGUUGUCUCUCACCACAUUAGGUGGAUAUUAACCCAUAGUGUUGUCUCUCACCACAUUAGGUUGAUAUUAACCCAUAGUGUUGUCUCUCACCACAUUAGGUUGAUAUUAACCCAUAGUGUUGUCUCUCACCACAUUAGGUUGAUAUUAACCCAUAGUGUUGUCUCUCACCACAUUAGGUUGAUAUUAACCCAUAGUGUUGUCUCUCACCACAUUAGGUUGAUAUUAAACCAUAGUGUUGUCUCUCACCACAUUAGGUUGAUAUUAACCCAUAGUGUUGUCUCUCACCACAUUAGGUGGAUAUUAACCCAUAGUGUUGUCUCUCACCACAUUAGGUUGAUAUUAACCCAUAGUGUUGUCUCUCACCACAUUAGGUUGAUAUUAACCCAUAGUGUUGUCUCUCACCACAUUAGGUUGAUAUUAACCCAUAGUGUUGUCUCUCACCACAUUAGGUUGAUAUUAACCCAUAGUGUUGUCUCUCACCACAUUAGGUUGAUAUUAACCCAUAGUGUUGUCUCUCACCACAUUAGGUUGAUAUUAACCCAUAGUGUUGUCUCUCACCACAUUAGGUGGAUAUUAACCCAUAGUGUUGUCUCUCACCACAUUAGGUGGAUAUUAACCCAUAGUGCUGUCUCUCACCACAUUAGGUUGAUAUUAAACCAUAGUGUUGUCUCUCUCCCACUUAGGUUGAUAUAACACCAUAGGUUCUGUCUCUCACCACAUAGGUGGUAUUAACCAUCUGUUUCUCUCCCUCCAUUAGGUGGAUAUUACCCAUAGUUUGUCUCUCACCACAUUAUGUGGAUUUACCCCUGUCUUUCUUCACCACAGUAGGUUUGAUAUUACAAGUAGGUUCUUUUCUCUCCCUACAGCUCGAUAGAGGGACUUGGACGCAACUGAUGUAGGGUACAAGUACUGUGGAAGCUUCAUGAACUCACUUAACGGUCAGUUAAAACAGUCUUCUUUCUCUCUCUCUCUUGCCUUUCCGUCUUCUGUCCUUCAAUUCUCUUUUCUAUCACUACAGUGACGCUUAUGCAUCGCUCUUGUGUCUUCAAAGGACCGCAGAGCCGAUUCUGAGGUUUGUGACGGGGAGAGUCGUUCUGCUGCCCAUUUAACAUCUUCCCUGACAAACAAGGGUACGUUAGUAGGACGCAUUAUAAUGUACGCUAGUAGGACGCAUUAUAACGUACGUUAGUAGGACGCAUUAUAACGUACGUUAGUAGGGCACAUUAUAACGUACGUUAGUAGGACGCAUUAUAACGUACGUUAGUAGGACGCAUUAUAAUGUACGUUAGUAGGGCACAUUAUAACGUACGUUAGUAGGAUGCAUUAUAAUGUACGUUAGUAGGACGCAUUAUAACGUACGUUAGUAGGACGCAUUAUAAUGUACGUUAGUAGGAUGCAUUAUAACGUACGUUAGUAGGACGCAUUAUAGCGUACGUUAGUAGGACGCAUUAUAAUGUACGUUAGUAGGAUGCAUUAUAACGUACGUUAGUAGGACGCAUUAUAAUGUACGUUAGUAGGACGCAUUAUAACGUACGUUAGUAGGAUGCAUUAUAACGUACGUUAGUAGGAUGCAUUAUAACGUACGUUAGUAGGACGCAUUAUAACGUACGUUAGUAGGACGCAUUAUAACGUACGUUAGUAGGACGCAUUAUAACGUACGUUAGUAGGAUGCAUUAUAACGUACGUUAGUAGGACGCAUUAUAACGUACGUUAGUAGGAUGCAUUAUAACGUACGUUAGUAGGACGCAUUAUAACGUAUGUUAGUAGGACGCAUUAUAACGUACGUUAGUAGGACGCAUUAUAACGUACGUUAGUAGGACGCAUUAUAACGUACGUUAGUAGGACGCAUUAUAACGUACGUUAGUAGGAAGCAUUAUAACGUACGUUAGUAGGACGCAUUAUAACGUACGUUAGUAGGACGCAUUAUAACGUACGUUAGUAGGACGCAUUAUAACGUACGUUAGUAGGACGCAUUAUAACGUACGUUAGUAGGAUGCAUUAUAACGUACGUUAGUAGGACGCAUUAUAAUGUACGUUAGUAGGACGCAUUAUAACGUACGUUAGUAGGACGCAUUAUAACGUACAUUAGUAGGACACAAUCCCAAAGCAAAUACCUUAUAAGAUACUGCUCUUAUGGCUGAUGUUACUGCACUUUUUACAACGUCUUUGGUUUCCCUUCCCUCCAGCUCUGAGACUACAGAUGCAUUGCCACAGUCCUCCACCUGCUCCAGUACUCUGUAUCUACCCAACUACCCCAGGUGAGUCCUAAUGGCAAUUCUCUCUACUGUUAUCAGAAUACUUACAAGAUAACCCACUUAUCUUUGGUUCCAUAUAACGGAGAUUGUAGAUGUGAAAUUUCAAUGGUUGUACUCUUCCACAUUCUCUAGUAAGAUUUACAUUUGACAUUUUAGUCAUUUAGCAGACGCUCUUAUCCAGAGCGACUUACAGGAGCAAUUAGGGUUAAGUGCCUUGCUCAAGGGCACAUCGACAGAUUUUUCACCUAGUCGGCUCGGGGAUUAGAACCUUUCGGUUACUGGCACAACGCUCUUAACCACUGAGCUACCUUCCACAUUUUCAAGCUCAUGAAAUAAUACUUAAGUAUCUAAUUCCCUAACUUUGUGUGUCCCUGCAGUGCGAAGGUGUGUGAGGACAAGCUGCGCUACGCUGCCUACAACUGUGUUGCCAUCGACACUGACAUGAGUCCCUGGGAGGAGUGACCACGCCCCCCCCUGCCACGCCCAUAUAGCAGUUUUAUGCCACGCCCACCUGUAUUUAUGCAGCGUUUAUAACAAGUGGGGGGAAAAAAAAUAGUACUUGUAAAUUGGGAGCAACAAGUUGUGUGCAUACAUGUGCUUUGAACUUGUUGAGAA